ACAUGAGUGCCUAGGAAUAAAGUUUUCAAAUUUUUUCAUAUCAGUUCUGCUGAUAGCAAGCCAUGUAUCUGUUUAUUUACUUCUACUUCAUAAUGAGCUUCUUUGAAGAAGUACGUGGGUUUUGUCCUUCACAAUGCACUUGCGUUUACCAUGGCAGAAGUGAUGGCACUGGAACAAGGUCUGUGCUCUGUAAUGAUCCUGACAUGCAUGAGAUCCCUGUAAAUGUUCCUGUGGAUACUGUGAAACUUCGUGUAGAGAAAACUGUCAUACGAAGGAUUCCAACUGAAGCCUUUUACUACCUAGUAGAUCUCAAAUACCUGUGGGUAACAUACAACUGCAUAACCACCAUUGAUAUCAGCAGUUUCUAUAACUUGAAACAACUGCAUGAGCUACGGCUGGAUGGUAAUCUGCUCUCAACUUUCCCUUGGGAAUCACUGGCAGAGAUGCCCAACCUACGGACUCUUGAUUUACACAACAAUAAAGUGACCAGUGUUUCUGCUGACGCUGGCCGGUACCUGAGAAACCUCACCUACCUGGACAUAUCCAGCAACAAGCUAACCACCUUGCCCUCAGACCUGAUGGACAUUUGGCCCCCCUUCUCAGAAGCUGUUCUGUCCAAGAACACAGACAGUCUGGUGACUCAGAGAGUCGUUUUGGGUCUGCAGGACAACCCAUGGUUUUGUGACUGUCGCAUUUCAAAGCUAAUUGAACUUUCCAAAAUUGUGGACAAUUCAGUUAUACUUCUUGAUCCAUUGGUUUCAUGCAGUGGACCUGAGAGCCUGGCAGGAAUCUUGUUCCAGAGAGCUGAGUUAGAGCAAUGUCUUAAACCAUCUGUAAUGACAUCGGCGACAAAAAUCACUUCCCCACUGGGAAGCAAUGUUCUGCUACGCUGCGAUGCGACUGGGUACCCAACACCACAUCUUACGUGGAUUAGGUCAGACAAUAUACCAGUGAACUAUACAGUAAUUCAAGAAACACCUGGAGAGGGUGUCAGAUGGUCCAUAAUAAGCUUAACAGGGAUUUCCUAUAAGGAUGCAGGUGAAUACAGAUGUAAAGCCAAGAACUUAGCAGGAAUGUCAGAAGCUGCUGUUACUGUCACAGUGGUCGGUGUAGUUACUACAACUGUGUCACCACAGAAGUAUGGAAGGAAGCAAGAGCCAGAGAGACAGAAUACCACUCGAGAGGAAUCCAAGCAGGAACCUGAGAGGACAACCACACCUCUUCCCACCACACCAGCCACCACACCAGCCACCACACCAACCACCACGCCAACCACCACGCCAACCACCACAACACUAGUUAGUACAGAAAGAUCAACAAGCAUCAGGUUUACUGACAAGAAGCAAUCCAGGCCUGAGUUCGAUGGGAAGAAAAAUUCAAAGGCAGUGACAAAUGGAAACAAAAAGCAUACUGGGGAGAUAAACAAGAAAGAUGAGGAGACUUCACUGAACACAACAGGUAUGGCUGAGCAAAACGUUACUGUAAAGAACCUAAGAGUGAUCAGUGAAACUGAUGAAAGAGUAACCUUAACUUGGAAAACUGUCAACGGCACAAGCAAGUCUGCAGUGACUGUGUUAUAUUCAAAGUAUGGUGAGAAAGAUAUGUUGCCUCUGAGCACUGAUUCUAAAAAAAACAAAAUCACAAUUGAUGGUUUGCAACCUAGUACUCAAUAUAUGGCAUGUGUCUCACCCAAAGGAGUGCCACCUACAAAAGAGCAGUGCAUUAUUUUCUCUACUGAAAGGUUAAAUGGUGAAAGCAGCUCUCAGUUUUCUAUUCUGAUAUUGGCCAGCAGUGCAGCAUGUGUGGUUGUUUUACCUUUGAUAUUUUUCUUACUCUACAAAGUUUUAAAACUUCGUGUGAAACCAAAAACUGCAAAAGAAGCUGACCUUGCAAAAGAGACCUAUGUGAAAUUUGAAACACUCUCUCUAAAGCCUCGAACAGUGAAUGCAGGAGAGCAGCUCUGGCCACGAAGGUGCACAGAUGAGUCAGAAAGACUUCUCCUUUGUUCUAGGUCAAGCAUGGAUUCUCAAAUGACCUUCAAAAGUGAGGGCUCUAAGUCUGAGCAUCUCUGUUGAACAUGGGUGAGGGUGGAGGAGAUGGAAUAUACAAUAGGUUAAAUUAAUCCAAAAUGAUGAUACUGCAUCUGGAAGCAGGUUGGUGCUAGGUGGUGGUCAGAAUAUAUAAUGUGAUGUAAUGCAGUCUACUGGAUGGAUACAGUGGUGGGUAGGAGAGAGAAUAGAAGAAAAAUGUUGCCUAUUUUCUUUUUUUAUAUUUGUGACUUUGGAUGUGAAGGAAUGAUGUUCUUCAAAAGAUAAAUACAUCAUGAAAUGGUUGCCUGGAUAAAGAUCUUCUAUUUUUUGUUUUCAUUAAAACAUCAUUCUGUUUUCUCUCAUUUUACUGUAUGAUAUGCUAGUUGUAUGUUUUAAACAUUAAUGACAACCUUCAUAAAAACUAUGUACUUAAAACUAAUAGGAAGCCAGUUUAAAUUACUUCUAUUGAGGUCAAAACUUUGUUUGAAAAUACAAGUUCUCUUCUGACAUUGGCUUGUACUUUGAGAUGUCACACAGCUCUGCUUGUACAGUAUCUUUGACUGGAAGUAAUCUCAGGACAAUCAAGACUGAAGCUAGGGAACCACAGCUUAUGGACUCUUGAGAGGUACAAUACGAGUCAUAUUAUCAUUUUGCAUAUGCUAUGGCAAUGGAGCUUCUUUAGUAUUCUGAAGCUCGGGUAAGAUAUCAUUAUGAGUAACUCUGUGGGAGAUACUAGAUAUUAACAGUGUUAAUUUACAUCAGAUGAUCUUAUUGCAAAAUCUCAGCCUUAGAAUUUACUUGGAUGUAUAUGUCUAUAUACCUCAAUUCCCGAAAUCUCAGUAUAGAAAGUUUUGUGUUACUGUGUAAUAAAACACACAUUCUUAUAUACCUGUAUAUUACAUAGAUACUGCACAAUAUUAUGUACCUAUGCUGUGGUAAUAUAAUAUAUUCUGAGAUACAGUAAGGGGAGGUCUUGUCCUCAGGUCAUGUUGGAUGUAUAAGGAAGUUCAAUGAGCAUAGUGAAAGUUAAUUGUGAGCGUGCUUCCCAAUGUUUAAAAAAUCAGGUAUUAGCAUUAAUAAUAACAAUGAUUAUAGAAUUGCCUAUUAAUGAUAAUAAUGAAUUGUCUGUUCUGAGGCUGCUUUUUUGUUGUCUGAAGUAAAUAACAGAGCUUUUAUUGUUUUAGGUUCAGAUAUUAUGGUUAGGAGUAUGUAUCAAUUAAGAACUAUGUUUUUUCCUAAAAAUUACAACUGCAUUGUUUUGUUGGACCUUUCUAUGCCUAGAAG